CUGAAAAUGUUUUAUUGUUUAAGAAAAAAAAUUUGUUUAUUGCUUGUUGAGAAAUGUCGUCCGUUCUACUGUAUAUUGUUGAGUCCAAAUCUCGAAAAUUGGACAAAGACACGAUACGUUUGCAGUUUUUUUGUUGGAGUUUGCGUAGCUACGGUCCUGUGGUGGUUACUUCUACUUAACUUGAAUUUUUCUCUGAAAGCAUCUAUCGUAAUAUUAGCAGCAAUGGACGCUUUAAUUGGAAUAGGCUUUUUAUUCACUUCGAGUAUAAAAUGUAUCAGCUUUUUAAUACUGGCUGGAAUGGCAGGCAAAUCUGGAAGAAGUUAUUUAAGAGCUUUGAGCUUCGCAUUCAUCAUAUCAGGGCCUAUAGCUAAUUUGGCAGCAAAUGGUGGAGAAGUUGUUCACGUAUUUGCUUGUGCCACAACACUCACAUAUAACUUGACAAAGACCCGGUUGGAUCUCAUGACGAAACCAUUUCAAAACACUUUAGCUGCUAUGAAGGGUGAUGUGGCUGAUGUAGGAACGUCUUUUGAAAAAAUAAGUGAAAUCUUGGAACCAAUGCGUGCAGAAGUAGAGGGAGCAUACCUUGAUCCAAAUUAUGUAUUACCUCGUCGUAAAGUCGAAAAUAUGGAAGAGUAUAUACAAAGGACAUAUUCCAAAAAAUUUGAAGACCGAUGUAAAAUGCAGCUAACAAGAGGCGAACAACGUUGUCGUGGAGCAUUUGCUAAGGCCUAUGUCGAAUGUGAGAUUAAAUUACCCCGAAUUGUUCGGACCUUGUUAUGCUGGCCGUUCCAAGCCGAUUUUAUAUGUGGUAUGAAUUUGUUGGGAAAUCCGGACAAUCUUUGUAAUCCUAGUGAGGUACUGCCCAACAACUUCGGAGAAAGCUACGCUCAGUUGGAUGACGCUGAAAAACUAUUAAAGCAGAAUGCCUCCGAAGUAGAAGUGAAAUACAAAAUUAAAUCACCUGUACCACAAGCUGCUCAAAGAAGUGCUGACCGUACUGCUGAUUUGGUCAUGGAAGAAUUUUAUGCCAAAAAGAAAAUAUUCAAUACCGUAAUGCAUAUUGCUCAAAUGUUUUUAUCACUCCUUUUCCUCAAAUUGAUUAUUGGUGCCAUAUUGUAUCACAAAAAAUACUUAGGUAAAAUUGAUUUUGAUAACUUUUAUAUAUCGGAAUAUUUUUAUAAAAUAGAUGAUCGUCGAAAGGGAGUCAAGAAGCCAACUAUCUUACCAUUGAAAAAGUUUGAAAAGAAGAAUUUAGUGGACUUGAGGCGUACCUGUCAACAUACUGAUAAAGAAUCGAAGGCAAUAAUUUUUAAUUUAUUUAAAUUUUCGUUGGAAAUUUUGACCGCAUUUUUUUUCUUAAUGCUUGACUAUUCGGUUGUGACAUUACUACAUAUAAUACGCAUUAAGUCUUUAAUUUCAUAUGUCCAAGAGGGGGAGCAUACAAUUAAUUUUCAGGUUCAGGGCAAUGGGUUGAUGGCAAGGUUAUUACGCAAAACCCUUCUCAAUUUUAAUAUGCACGAAAAGGUGUCUACGUAUCUCACAAAUGAGGCUUGUUUACCCACUCCGUAUACUCUACCAAGACGGUUUUAUUUAAAACUCACCGCGACGUAUGCAAUUAUUAUUGUACUUAUUUACAAAAGCACAUUCUUUAUGCGCCUAAGGCGAUUAAUUUGCAGUUACUUCUAUCGCAGACGCGAGAAACAACGGGUACUAUAUUUGUAUAAUAAUUUGCUUCGAAAGAGACGUACUUUAUUCGAGGUAAUGCGAAAGGCUGUAGAAUUUAAUCUAGUCAAACAAAAGACGCGAAGACGGGUCAAUCUUGCAUUGCGUGUACGCUUGCGCUGGCCCAAUUGUUGUGACUGGCUGAAAUUUUUUACUAUCGCCAGACUCAAAUGCUUAAUUUGUGAUUCAUUAGAAGAUAAUGAUUUUAUUAUUUGCAAAAACCCCAAAUGCCGAAUUGGAUAUUGUUAUCAGUGUUGGCGAGAAAUGGGCUUGUCAUGUAUUUCCUGCAAAGAUGUCAUAAAGACAAUUGAAAUUCUAGAAUUCAAUAAAUUUUUCGAACUUGUUGAAUAUAUACCGUAAACUGUAAAUUUUUAAUUGAAAUCUAUUUUUAUAUUCAUGUUUACAUAAAUACAUAUGUAUUGUUAUUU